AUGCCAAAUCCGAGAUCAGCCCGAAGCAGUCAGCGGUCUGUUCUCGCCUGCACUAAUUGCUCUCGCCGCAAGAUCAAAUGCUCCAAGACUAUUCCCUGCACUGCAUGCGUGCGCCAGAAUAAAGCUGCGCAAUGUCAGCGAGAGCCUGUCACUGUUGUUUCGAGGCGUUCGGUAGCGCGCUCCAGGGCUUCGACAGCACCAGAUGAGCCUGUAACUGUUCCGCUAGUCCCUGUCCUCGAAGCGGUCAGCCUCGCGACAGUGUUGCCAACUUCGAUCGAUGAGGUACCCGCCAGUACUACUGUUAUUGACUCUGCGGCUAGCAGCACCAUCAUAAGCGGCAAUGAUUGCCUACCGCAGAUUGAUGAGCGAAUGAUUGAACAGCUUUUGGCUUCGCUAUCCACGCCCAACACGAGGUUGACCAACGAAGCUGCCGCCAUGCUGGAGUUUCUUACCCACGGUCGGCGCAAUAUUCUCAACCAAUUCAUUGGGCGAGAGUCAAUUUCCACCUCAAUGGCGCAGCCUGUUCAAAAGUGGGAUACGUUCCUACCGAUCGAGGAUGCUCGCUCACUGCUGGUGCUACAUGGGAAGCAUUUGAUCUGGAUGCAUAGUACGGUUCAUAUGCCGACGUUUCUGCGCGAGUUUGAUGAGAACAUUCUCAAAACUGAAUGUGAUAGAAAUUGGAUCGCUCUCUAUUAUGCUAUUCUCUCUGUAAGACGCGCAGCGUACUUCUCAACUCGCAGAUCUGACGCUUCACAAGCAAUCGCUCUACCAUCUCGACAAACACGUCCUGUCGUCCCUAACGAAGCCAAUAACAGUAAAGCGUCGCGUAAUUUGUUUGACAAGAGUCGAGAGAUGCUGUAUAAAGCCGAGUUCAUGGAUAAGCAUAAGCUGACCUCGGUUCAAACGAUCUGCUUGCUGGUUCAAGUUGCUUAUAACUUUGACAAGUCGGACCUCAUAUGUGUUCUCGUAUCUGCUGCCAUCCGCAUCGCUCAAUGUCUGAACCUGCAUCGGCUGGGUCAUGAUGACCCUGGUGCCGGUGUGAGCGAGGCCAUUGACCGCGAAGUGCGAAAGCGAGUGUGGUGGUUUCUCGUGCGGUACGACUGGCUACAGAUCCCGUUCCAAAACACCUGCCAGAUUCACUAUUCACAGUUCAACACCCCGAUGCCUGCUAACUGCCAUGAUGAUGAACAGCGCAUGAUGAAAGAUGGCAGAAUUGACGCGCAGCCGGCUGAGAUCAGUACCAUUACUACCUGGACCAAUUGUCUUGCCCAGAUGUCUGUUGUUAUGUGGAGACAUCACGAUAACAUGUCAAGGCAGGGAAGCACUGAGACUGAUGAUAUUGAUGCAAGAUACAAUGAAGUCAUACGAGCCGAUGAGGAGAUCAAGAGCCUAUAUCUGUCAUGGUCUGACACAUUACGAGCGGUCAAUAAUACGCCAAAUGAUAAUCCAUCAACCGAUUGCCUGCCCACGGGCCUAAUGCCAGCAAUGCUUCUCAUGAGUAUUGCUCAGAAGCUAUCAUGCGUGACGAUCGCGGAGCGAAGCAUCGAAGCUUUCCAGAGAUGGCCCGAUUGUUUGGAGGCACGCAUCUGCCGCCGAAUGUGGACUACACUGUCCUACAUGAUCAGCUGCUCAAUCACUCUCCUUUUUGCUUUGCUCUUCAAGGCCCAAAAUGCCCUCACGCAUGAUUGGGAGAGGCUACGCGCUUAUGUCGAGUUUGGGAAGAAAUUCCUUGGUAAGGAAGCAGAGACGAGCUCGAUCGCCAGGAGAGGAGCCCGAUUACUCAGCGCGUUGAUGGAGCUUGAGCGCACCUCGGGUUUCUCAUCGGAUAUUGAAGCAGAUAUUGGAGAUACUAUAAGACGCGUUGCGUUGGUUGACGACGACGGUGUUGAAGCGAGUACCGGUGAAGGUUACCAGAUGGUCUUCCCGUGCGGGCAAGAUCUUUGGGAAAGCCUGAUGAGGGAUCCUACCGAGGGUGAACUGAUGUGA